AUAUCGCUUAUACUGAACAUCAUUAUUUUGAAACUAUAUUUGAUUUCGUACCGUAAAAUUUAAACUAUUAAAGCAUCCAUUACUAACAUUUUUCUUUACAACAGGUUGUUUUUAUUGGCGAUAUAUAGCGUCUUUAUUGGCGUUAAAAAUAUACGCGGAAGUGCGCACAUUACUUCCUAAAACUUGGAUUUAUCAAGGAUUCUUAAAUCUGUGAUGAGGGACAGCGGCUAUGAUACUGCUUGGGACUGGGGCGAGAGUUCGCGAGACUACGUGGAUAAGUUUUUGGAGGGAGAGAAAAAUGGAACAUUUCUUGUGUACCAUACUGGUGAUUGUGAGAACUUGACACUUGCUAUCAGGACAAAUGGAGAAAACCAGUUUGUAAAGAUUUACCAUCUGGACAACUUGUACGGUUUUGCUGAACCACUGAACUUCGACAGUUUGGAGGACGCUCUGGAUGCAUACAACUGGUCUCCUACUGAAACCGGAAAUACACUUAUCUACCCAGGCAUAAAACCCAAUUCACCUCUUCGUCGCACUUCUUCGCGGAGUUCACGCUCUUCGCUACACGAAGCGACACCUUUAACACUUUUAAAGACAUUGCGUUGUGCAGCUGAUCUUAAGAUUGACAAUGGUAAGCGGUAUGAUGGUAUGCAAGAAGAAAAUAAGUCGUUAGAAAUGAAACUUUUAGAGCUGAACAACUCCAUAGAUUCUACAAACUGCCUCAUCAGAAUUGUUGAAGCUCAAAUCGGAAAACAGCAAGAAGUCUUUAAUCGUUCGUCCAUCAGUUCAAAGGAAGCGUCCAAUGCAUUUUCAACUAAUUACCAAAAUCUCACCUCCCGGUCAUCCGAGUUAAGCCAAGAGAAGCGCCAGGUAAUGGAGGCAAGAAGCAGCAUACAGCAAGAGAAAAUUAAAGUUGAGAAAAACCAAGCGUCACUGUACACAGAGUUACAGCAGAUUGUGAAAGAAAUUAACGCAAUAAGGAGAGAAUUGCUGAAGAGAAAGCCAGAUUUAGAAGCAUUCCUUGAAUGUCUUCUCGAUGAAAACCUACGGACUACUCCGGAAAUCAAAACACUCAGAAUUGACAAAUCAGCUGCAGAAAAUAUAUUAAACGGCAGUGCCGAUGGAACAUUCUUGGUCCGGACUAGCAAGGAUCCUGAUAAGCCGUAUAUAAUCAGCGUUUGUUACAUGUCAAAAGUUUAUCAUUUUCCCGUGCUACAACAAGAAGAACGUUUUGGAUUGGAAGAAGAUACGUGUAUAUUUGUCAGUAUACAUGAACUCGUAAAUCAGUACACCAAAGUUUGUUUUUCCAUUCACGAUGCUAAAUAUGGCACGUUAAAACUCCAACAACAGCAGACACAAAGACAAUAAAGUACACGAACAGUAUUAGAAUUGCAUGAAUACCUCCGCAGACAGAGUUUUUUUAUAGAAACAUGUAGUUUUAUCCUCACUCCUGAAACAUUGAACAUAUGUCUAUGCUUGUAUGAAUUUAAAUGCAUAUUUGGAACUAAAUAUUGUUUCAAACCAAGGGCAGACAAGUCAAAUUUUAGCUUUUGUUUUUUAAAAACAUAAAAUACAAUGUAUUUUCUGUCGUAAAGGUGUUCAUUCACAUGUAAGCAAUAUUUUAUGACAGUUUAGUGUAUUCUUUUUAGAGAUUUAUUUAAAUGAACAGAAAGACCCAUUACAAAGAGUUAGAAUCCUUUUUGCUAUAUUUUAUGAAAUUUAAGUCUGGAGAAUUGUUAAAAAUAAGAGUUUGCGGGGGAAAGGGGUUUGUUUUGUUUUUUCUAUAUUUUACGGAGUUUUUCAAAAAUGUGUUACUAAUUUUUAAAAAUAUUUUUAAUUCUUCGCAUUUAUUCAUUUAUCAGCAAAUAUAAUUUUAUACAAGUUUA